CAACAAACUCCGCAAGAACUAGCUAACGUUAGAUAAACUGCUUACUAAAUGCUAUUUAGUAGAAUUUUGUUUAAUACAACGCUAGUUAACUGUCUAGUUAACUUUUUCUAGUAUCAUAGCGGGUGCUUCCAUGUCAAAGUAUAAGGCAUCUGGAUACAAAGGGUCAUAUGACAAUAGCAAAAGCGAAGAGCGGGAGGGAAGAAGUUGUGUCCGUUACAAAUGUGGUCUACUCAACACCAUACAGGAUGUCCUGCGCCAAAGACCAGGUUGGGUUGAAGUCAAAGAUGAAGGAGAGUGGGACUUCAACUGGUGUGAUGUGGGCUGGCUCAGGGAGAAUUUUGAUCAUUCAUACAUGGAGGAACAUGUUAGGAUAAACCACUUUCGCAACCAUUAUGAGCUGACUCGUAAAAACCUAAUGGUGAAAAACCUCAAAAGACACCGGAAAAAUCUUGAAAGGGAUGUUUGCCGCAUGGAGGCAUCCAAAUGUGAUUUUUUCCCCUGCACCUUUGCACUGCCCAGUGAAUAUCAUCUCUUUGUAGAGGAAUUCAAAAGAAGUCCUGGCAGCACCUGGAUCAUGAAGCCGGUAGCAAAAUCUCAAGGGAAAGGCAUUUUCCUGUUCAGGAAACUGAAAGACAUCAUGGAUUGGAAGAAGGAUGGCACCCGCUCAGAAGAACAGAAAGAUGCAGCACAAGUGGAAAGCUAUGUGGCCCAACGCUAUAUAGAGAACCCCUACCUAAUUAAUGGUAGGAAAUUUGAUCUGAGAGUCUAUGUGCUGGUCACAUCAUAUGUUCCCUUGAAGGCCUGGCUUUAUCGAGAUGGCUUUGGCCGCUUCUCCAGCACCCGCUUCUCUCUUAUCAGUAUUGAUGACAAGUAUAUGCACCUCACCAAUGUGGCUGUUCAGAAAACAGCGCCAGACUAUGAUCCUGAAAAGGGAUGUAAGUGGCAAAUGCAACAACUUCGAAGAUACCUGACUGCAAAGCAUGGAAGAGAGAUGGUUGAAACCCUGUUUAAAGAGAUGGAUAACAUCUUUGUCCGCAGUCUACAGAGUGUGCAAAAGGUCAUUAUAAAUGACAAACACUGCUUUGAACUCUAUGGGUACGACAUUCUACUGGAUCAAAACCUCAAACCAUGGUUAAUUGAGGUGAACGCCUCUCCAUCACACACACCCAGUAGUCAAGAGGAUUACGAGAUGAAGUGCCGACUGCUGGAAGACACUCUGAAUGUUGUUGAUAUGGAGGGAAGGCUGACUGGCAAAGAGAAAAGAGUGGGUGGUUACGAUCUCAUGUGGAAUGACGGGCCUGUCUAUAAAGAAGAUGUCAACCUAGAAACAUUUGGCAGUUCCUGUUUCACUGCCAACACACACUUAGGGUGUGUGAAUGACAGAGAAAAGCAGCUUCGUUGGCUUCUGAAACCAUUUCCAGGUCAGAAGAGGAUGUAACACACUUAACAUUUCUUAUGUCGCACCACUGUUGCACUAAGUGUGUGUCUGAGAAAAGACAGGCUCCAGUGAACACAGAUAACUGAAAAACAUCAGUAACAUUCUAUACAAAAUGAGCUAUGUGAUGAUCUGAGCUUUUCUUGUGUGCAAGAAACCUUGUGAAAAUUUCAGCUACAGGGAUAAGGCUGGUUAACUAAGUAGCAUUUAAUAAAUAAAUAAAGACAGUUA